CCCUGUGCCCUCCCACUGUCAUGGCGACUCCCUGAAGCCUACCAGCCCCAGCCCCAGCCCGGCGUGGAGUUCUCUGCGAAGCCCGGAGCAGGCGAGCGGCGGAGCCGAGAUGCAUUCAGACGAUAUUGUCUGGGACAGUCUUGGAAACAAACAGUUCUGCUCAUACAAAAUAAAGACAAAGACACACAACUUUUGCCGCAAUGAGUAUAACCUGACAGGUCUGUGCAACCGAUCAUCCUGUCCCCUGGCAAACAGCCAAUAUGCGACUAUCAAAGAGGAGAAAGGUCAGUGUUAUCUGUACAUGAAGACAAUAGAGCGGGCGGCUUUCCCCAGUCGACUCUGGGAGCGGGUCCGACUGAGCAAGAACUAUGAGAAAGCUUUGGAGGAGAUAGAUGAGAACCUCAUCUACUGGCCACGCUUCAUCCGUCACAAAUGCAAGCAGCGCUUCACCAAGAUCACACAAUAUCUGAUCCGCAUUCGGAAGCUGACGCUCAAGCGACAGAGGAAGAUUGUUCCUUUAAGCAAAAAGGUUGAAAGGCGAGAGAAAAGGAGAGAGGAAAAAGCCCUGAUUGCUGCUCAGCUGGACAAUGCCAUUGAGAAGGAGUUACUGGAGAGACUAAAGCAGGAAACGUACGGAGAUAUCUAUAACUUCCCCAUACAUGCCUUUGACAAGGCUCUGGAACAGCAGGAUGCAGAGAGCAAAGCAGAGUCUGACACGGAGGAGGAGGAGGAAGACGAGGAUGCUGACAAGCGGGAGUUUGUAGAAGAAGAUGAGAGCGACCUCAGUGACUUUGAGGACAUGGAAAAGCUGGCAACAAGCAGUGAGGAGGAGCAGGACAACAAAUCCUCCAGCGAGGAAGAGGAGAAAGAGAUGGCGGAGAGGACCUAUCACUCCAAAUCCAAGGGCAAAACUCCUGUGAAAGGACCAGCAAGGAUAAAACGAGCCUACAUUGAAAUAGAGUAUGAACAGGAAACAGAACCUACAUCCAAACAGAAAACAACCUGACUCCUUUGAAGGAGGGUAUAAACUUGAGCUGUGUGCUGGACAGUGGGACUGUAUAGCUGGAGGAGUACCUGACAGUGUGACUUUAGCAGGGGGCAUUUUGACAGGUGCAGAAUCACAAAUUUAAAUAUUUUAAUGUAAUAAAAAAACAAAAGCAGGUUCUGGCUAUUA